GAUAGACGACUUCUAAAACAAAGAAGGUAUUUUUGUUGGCCCGCCGGGGCCUGGGAGGCGGGGAAAACGUUGAUCGGAGCGGCAUUCUGCCAAGAGAUGGAUAGACGGAAAAUGACCGUGCGGGUGGGCGCUGCUGCAUCUUAUUUUUCGUUUCUCCGACGACAGAUGGCAAUGGCGAGGAAUUUCAGUGUUUUGGCAGAGGAGAAGCGGUGUAUGAAAGAUCACAACCGCCGACUGAUGGCUGCUAAAUUCGAAGACAAGCGAAAGCUUUACAAAGCCCUCGUUAGAGAUCCUGAACUUCCAAACGAGCUCAAGGAGAAGCAUCGCUACAAGCUGGCCAAGUUGGCAUGAAACAGUGCCUUUGCCCGGAUUAGAAACCGAUGUAUUCUCACGGGUCGCCCACGUGCCGUUUAUCAGCUUUUUCGGACGUCUCGCAUAUGUUUCCGAGAAUUGGCAUCGCGGGGUGCUUUAAUGGGCAUUAAGAAAGCUUCUUGGUAGAACUUUUUUUUUUAAUCAUCCACUGGAGCGGUCAUCGGAACAAUGGUUGUUGACAGACAAGUUAAUUCCCAGAUGAUUGGAGCAACACAAAUACAAGAUGUUGAGAGCCAAGGACGUUGAAGAUACGUUUUUGACUGUUAACCAGAAAUAAGAAUGGGGUCAUUUGAAUGAUCUUGACUUGUAAUCAUGUUGGAUGCUGUUCUUGGCAGCUGUCUCUUCUGUUAAUAAUAACUAUUUUCUUAGGGGAUAAGAGUAUUUGUAUCCCAAUUUCCUCUUUUCUUCAUGCAUGGCUGGUCUUCUUCUAUUUCGUGGGGAAGCAUGUCAGCUAGUUGGAUGUCAAGAUCACAGAUGAACCCCUAUCGCUUUGGUAGGAACUAGGAUCUUGCUGCAAUAAUUAGGCAUGCCUAUUCUUUUGCUCAUAACUUUACAAAUGCACAAAUCUGUGAGGGUGCUUGUACUCCAUUUUAUACCCACUGGUGUGGUUAUGCUGAGAGAGGUGGUGAUGAUGCCGUUUUCAUGCCCCCGAGUGAACAAACGGUUUGAAAGACAUAUUAUUAUCAAUACGUUACGGAAUGACGAAAUGUUCUCAGGCAUUCUA